CUAGUCUACAAUUCGUUUUACAGAGAAUCAAUUUGUCAUUUCUCUGAGGAGCCAAACAACCGGAGAAGAAAGAAAAAUGAGCAGCCUAUCAAUCGGUCCGUUAAUUCAGUUGGGAUACAACAGUCGCCGUCUCCCUGGCAAUCGAAUCAGAAAAUCCAUCGGAAUCCGGGCCGACGGCUUCCCAGCGAGCAAAGAUCAGCAGGAGCAGCUCAACGUCUCCGUUCUCCGCUUCACAUUCGGUAUUCCUGGAUUGGACGAGACCUACCUGCCGAGAUGGAUAGGAUACGGAUUCGGCUCACUUCUUCUAUUGAACCACUUCGUCGGCUCCGAUUCCGCCGCUACCUCGGCGCAGCUGAGGACGGAGGGUUUGGGGCUUUCCUUGGCAGCUUUCUCCAUCGCUCUUCCUUACUUAGGCAGAUUUCUCAAGGGUGCCACUAGAGUGGACCAGGUGGCUCUUCCUGAAGGUGCUCGGCAGAUUUUUGUAAUGUCGCCUGCCAUUUCUGACGAUGAGAAGGAGGAAUUUGCUUGGGGGAGUUAUGUUUUGCUGCGUAAUACGAACACCGUAGCUGUGUUGAUAUCAAUCCAAGGAGAAUUGUGUGUUCGUGGGUACUGGAAUGUGCCGUAUGCUGAGGAUGCUGAAAAAGCUCCUGUUCUUGAUUGGUUCCGGAGACAGAUUGAAAAUAUCGGUUUAGGAAACUUGAAAGACGUCCUAUAUUUUCCCCAGGUGCCAGCAGGAUCUGAACUCUGGGAGAUGCUACCCAAUGGGACUCGGUCACUGCUGGUGGUGCCGGUGCUUCAAUCUAGAGAUCAAAGUGGCAAUGAAAUAGUAAAGAACAGAGGGUUUGUUAUGUUGGCUUCGAACAUCGAGUAUGCAUAUACUGAGAAAGACCGAGCGUGGAUAAAAGUAAUUGCAAACAAGUUCAGAGGUGAGAACGCUUGUUCCAAACUCUGACAUAUGUUAAUUGAUUUUCAGCAUCAAGUCAGUAUAAAUGUUGGAUCGAUAGCCAACAAUGCGUGCUUCUCCUGCCUUUUUGUGAAUGGCAUGUUGCUGGAUUGUGAUAGCGCAGCUUUAUAAAUGGAAUGGUCAGCUUAAACAGUAGUGGAGCAUCCUUAGUUCAGAAUCACUGGUCCUUAAUACUUCUCUGUGAUAGUGCAGUUUUAUAAACGGUCAGUUUAAACCUCAAAUGCCAAUAACUGGGGAGGUUGAACCAAAAUUUUCGAGGAUCAAAGGAACCUUGGAUCUAUCAUGUUUAAUUGCUCCUCUUAUCCAACACGUUUCGCUAGUGUGGAACAGAUAUAGAUUUAAUAUACUCAUCUCUCUACUAAACAGUAUCCUCUUCUCUGCUGUGUUCCCUUUUUGAAAAAGCCCAGUCUGCAGAAGACAUGUUUUCUUCAACUGCUUGUUUGCUUCCAGUAAUGAGGGAACUUUACUAGUUUCCUACAAAAAUUUCUCCAGGCCGUACACUAGAUUCUUGACGGAGUAAACCUGUGGGUUUAGGAACAUGAAGUCACAUGUGUCAAGCUACAGAUGCAUUCGCAUAAUAAUGUUUCUGAUGUUUGACCAGAUACAAACCUCUCCUGGGCCAGAGAAGUAAACUGUUGUGCUGGAAGGGAGCCCUGGUAGUACCAUACUGUGCACCCUGACCCCAUCUUCUCCAAGAACUUGUCCCCUUGCCUAUGUAGGAUCAAAUGCAAAGGAGUAGUCUACUCAUUACUAAUUUUAGACUAGACAUCACAUCAUAUGGAUUCAAUGAUCCAUAAAAUCUCACUUGGUUCUGCCAUAUUUGUCGCCAACCAAGCAACAUUUUAGUUUCCAUUGUUGUGAUUAAUAUAAAACACUUUUCUAGUUUUCUUUUUAUCUUUUACCAUCAUUCCAGCUGGUACUAUAAGCGAAAUGAGGUUUUCAGUACUAUUUAUCACUGGUAUCUGUUCUGUUUUUGUUUUGAAAUUCAGCUUACCGCAACAUCUGUUGUUAUAUCUCCCUUGUUGUAGAACUGCCCCAGGUUGGAGAGGUUUUUUGCAAUUUGGACAGCAUCUGCUGAUGGAAGGUCCUGCAUGAGUGAGACACGUUUACAUUAUUCACUACUUCUUGCACGAGG